AUGUGGAGAUACGGACUGGGCGCGGUCACAGCAGACGACGCCUGCAGCCUGAGCACGGUGAAGAGGACCAGAAGCGGAGAGUCAGACACUCCAUUCAGAGGCGGGGCCUCAGACUUCUGGGCGGAGCCAAGGGCUGCAAACGAGCCCCAGCGGCUCUCCACCGCCAGAAGGCCUGGGGGGCGGAGUCUCCAAUCAGGGGGCGGGGCCUAUGUCCGAAGGGGCCAAAGCUCCCUUGUGCCGGCUGAGAAGGUGGAGCCGGACCUCGCCCCGGGGCAACUGCACCCUCCGCCGCAGGGCAGGCAGGCCCAGAAGGUGGCUUCUGCGGUGGGGAGCCGCGGGGUGCGCGGGCCGCCCCAGCUGGGCCGCGUCGCGGUGGUGGUGGACCUGGGCUCGGGCUUCACCAAGGCCGGCUUUGCGGGCGAGCACCAGCCGCGCCUGACGCUGAAGAGCUCCAGUCUGGUGCCCAGCUGGGACCGGCCCGUGCUGCCCGGCACGCCGGGCUACGAGCUGGCGGGUGGCGUGGCGCGGGCGCACCCCAUCAAGCACGGCGUGGUGGUGGACUGGGAAGCGCUGGAGGGGCUGUGGGAGCGUCUGCUGGUGGGCGGCCUGCGGGUGUGUCCAGAGCAGUGGCCCGUGCUGGUGAGUGACUCGCCAUCGGCGCCGCCCGCGGGCCGCGAGAGGGUGGCCGAGUUGCUGUUUGAGACCCUGGCGGUGCCCGCGUGCCAUAUGGCCAGCACGGCCCUGUUGGCGCUGUGCUCCACGGGCGCGUUCAGCGGGCUGGCAGUGGAGGCUGGUGCGGGCGUGUGUCACGCCACGCCCAUCUAUGCAGGCCACUCCUGGCAGGAGGCCACCUUCCGAUUGGACGUGGCAGGCACCACGCUGUCGCGCUACCUGCGGGAGCUGCUGGUAGCGGCGUGCCCGGACCACCAGCUGCAGACCCUGCCCCGCAAGGCCAUCACACAGCUCAAGAAACGUUAUUGCUACGUGUCGCAGGACUUCGAAGGAGACCUCCGGAACCCUGCCCGCCAUCAACAGACCAGCUUCUUCAUAGGCAAUGGCAGCUGCGUCCAUCUCGGCAGCGAGCGCUUCCGCUGCCCGGAGCCCAUCUUCCAGCCGCGUCUGCUGGGCCAGUCUGAGCCGGGCCUGCCCUCGCUGGCCUUCCAGGCCCUGCAGAAGAUACCCGCCACGCUGCGGAAACGGCUGGCCGACACCAUCGUGCUGGCCGGUGGCUCCACACUUUUCCCUGGCUUCACUGAGCGCCUGGACAAGGAACUGGAGGCCCAGUGCCUGCGGCACGGCUAUGCGGCGCUGCGGCCACACCUGGUGGCCAUGCCUGGGCGUGGCACAGCCGUGUGGACAGGUGGCUCCAUGGUGGCCUCCCUGAGCGCCUUCCAACGCCGCUGGAUGACCCGGGCCAUGUACCAGGAGUACGGCUCCAGGCUAGUGCAUGAAGUGUUCAACUGAGUCUGGAGUCCCGUUGGGCUGGAGGGGGCGGGGCGGAAAAGGCACUGCCCAGACGGAGCUGCCACUCUGUCUGGACCUGCAGCCUCGGAUUAAAGUCUGAGUUUGGAGCUAGCA